GCAGAGUGCGGAAGCGCUCCGUCCCGAGUCGACAACCGCGGUCGAUGUGGCGGUGGUCGGCGCGCGUCAAGACGAAGCUCAUCGAGGUGUCCCGAAGCCUGUGUGAAAGAUGUCCGAUCCGAGCAAGCAGGAGAUUUCGGCCAUUUUCAAGCGGCUGCGCUCAGUGCCCACGAACAAGGCCUGUUUUGACUGUGAUGCCAAGAAUCCCAGCUGGGCCAGCAUCACAUAUGGAGUCUUCCUGUGUAUUGAUUGCUCUGGCACACACAGGUCUCUGGGAGUGCACCUUUCCUUCAUCAGGUCCACAGAGCUGGACUCCAACUGGUCCUGGUACCAGCUACGUUGCAUGCAAGUGGGCGGCAACGCCAACGCGACGGCUUUCUUCAGCCAGCAUGGCUGCACAGCCAGUGCAGCCAACGCCAAGUACAACAGUCGAGCUGCUCAGCUGUACCGGGAGAAGAUAAAAAAUCUGGCCACUCAGGCCACGAGGCAGCACGGCACAGAGCUGUGGCUAGAAAGCCAGGCCUGCGUCUCCCCAACAUCUCCUUUGAACAAGCAGGAAGAUUUCUUUGCCCUGCACACACAAGCGGACCGUAAUGAGCAGCAGUCGGCUCACCUCAGCCUGGAUCCCCCUGAAGACGAUCAGACCCCCAAAAUAGAAGAUGGUGAGGAAGGUCCCCGUGUAGAUGUUCUCAGCAUUUCCCCCAAAGCUACACUGGCCGACUUGCCUUCUGCUGGAGUCAGUGCUACUAAAGAUCAGUCCUCGCUGAUAAAGAAGAAGCCUGCUGCUGCAAAGAAAACGAUGGCAACCAAAAAGAGUGGACUGGGGGCACAAAAGGUGAGCAGCCAGAGCUUCUCGGAGCUGGAGAAACAGGCACAGGCUGCGGAUAAGCUGAGGGAGCACAAAGAGAUGGCCACUAAGAAGACCAGCCUGCUGGAGGAGAACAUGGUGGAUUCUCUGCGACUGGCCUACAAGGACCUGGAGAUCCAGAGGAAGAAAGAGGAGAGUAAGAUGAAGAAUCUAGAGGGGAAGAAGAAGGAGCAGGCGGAGAGACUUGGCAUGGGACUGGGCAAUAGAAGCGGCGUAUCCCAUUCUGUGCUGUCCGACAUGCAGACCAUCCAGCAGGAGGCACCUGCAGGGGCACGGCCCACUCAGGGCAAGCGAUUCACCGAAGAGGAGGGUAGUGAGGAUGAUGGCACAUUCUCCUCCAGGUUGUCCAUAUAUACAGAUGAGCCGACACAAACACCCAGCAAGUUCUCCCAGUGGGGUGGGGGUGGGGAAACAUCCUGGAUGAAGGACAGCAGGAAGCCAGAACCUGACUUCUUCCUCAGCUCUAAGUCAUUCUCAGUGGAUGAAAGGACAGAGGGGUCUACAUCAAGACGUAAGCACGAUUUUGAGCCCGGGUCCACCUCUGAUGCAGCUCAGAAGAAAUUUGGUGAUGCCAAGGCUAUCUCCUCGGACAUGUAUUUUGGGAAGCAGGAUAAUUCAGAGUACGAGGCCCGUACCCGACUUGAACGCUUCUCUGGAAGCUCAGCCAUCAGCUCCGCAGACCUGUUUGAUGAGCAGAAAAAACAGACAGCUUCCUACAGUCUGUCAAAUGUGCUCCCAAACACUCCAGACAUCUCUCAGCUCAAGAUGGGAGUCAAGUCUGUUGCCGGAAAACUAUCUGUGAUGGCCAGUGGGGUCAUGUCCUCCAUCCAGGACCGCUACAGCACAUGAGUGGCUGUAUACUGCUGGACUCAAAACAUGCAUACUGCACCUUUCAGUCUUUCACAAAGCACAAAAUCUACUGUGUGCCUUGGGACUUUGACUCAUCUGUCUCUUUCAUAUUCGUACAAUGACAUUCUCAAUCAGAAUGACACACACAGUCACACUCUCUCUUUUUCUUCUCACCUGGGAUUUCCAAAAUGUAAAUGGUCUGCAUAACUGAAUACAGCAGCCCAACAGUCCCAGGUACAGUGGCUGUGAACUGAAGGACUGUGGUCAUGGUGCACUACAUGUAUGUAGCAUGUAUAAUUCUGACUUGCUGCCACCACCCAAUUGUUGAAAGAAAAGCCUUUAAUAAUGAUGAAGUGAUUGCAUUUUUCCCCUCUGUAAACAAUUGUUUUGUGUCGUUAUGGCUGUGUUCCAUGUGGAGAUAUUUAAAAUGUUACUUUGACAUGCAGAGCCUCAGGCUUUCAGCAGCCCCAUGGUGUGGGCUGUAAUCCCAUGUUCCACCCCCAAUCUUGAUUUACAGUACUGAAAGUGCUACAAAAAUGACUUUUUGACUCUGUCCAUCAUUGUGAAGACCUAGUAGUGUAAGGGCUGCUUUGCUGUACCACUUUGUUUUUGGAUAAUGUUGCUUGAUCAUUAGGCAACAUUCUCUGCAAACUUAAUUGUGAGCAGAUCACAGAACAGCAAUGUUGUGAUCUUUAAGACAAUCGUUUUCUGGAUAUUUAAUUGCUCAUGCCCCUAUAGGAGAGAUUAACUGCACACUGAAUUUCUUAUAAUCUGUAUGUUAGGAAUAUGUGUGUCAUUAGUCCUGUGAGAUGUACCUUACUUUUCACUCUGUGUCAUUCUAAUCCGUGUCCUGUUCAGGACCCCAGAGUGCAAUGGUUGCAAACUGUCAUUGCUGAGCUUCGUUCUAUACACACACAUACCAAAGCCUUACAUAGUCUAACCAACUGCAGCUUGGCACUUUUAUAUGUAUGACUUGUUUUGCUUCUUUGUCUUUAUUCUCAAGUUUAUAUAGUAGCUUAGUCCUGUGCUGUUUUUGUAAGCAUUUUGUGUAUGUACGGUAUAUACAUGUGCGUGCAGUUACGCAUUGGCUUGAGUGAGUUGGAAAAUGAAGACUCUACUAGAGGGCAGUCUUACGAUGAAGGAAUGAAACUGGUUGCAGUGAAUCCUGAACUGCUGCAGGGAGCAUGUGGCUCACCAAACAAGUACUGUACAUAUGAGUGUGUGUCUCUUCAGCACAGCCCCAACACAGCAAAACCUGCCUUAAUUCUCACAGGUGAAAACAAGCAGGACUCACUGCUGCAAGGCCUGUUUGUCUAAGUUGGUUUACUUUUGAGUUUGUUUCUCAGAUCCUGUUUUAAAAGACUGAGUUUGUGCUCAGUGACUGGAAGCAGGAGCUGCACAAAGUGCUUCAACUUUUGCCAUCACUGUGGAAAUGCUGAAUAAACUUUCUCCUCUGUAAA